UAAUUUCUGCUACAUCAUCCCGCUUGUAUGUGCUGCCGUUAGCACGUAAUUUAUACUUUGGAUAAUAUGCAUAUUUGUUUCGAUGAGACUUUUCAAUUUUAUCUUGCUUUUCUCUUCUAUUCACGUUACUAAUUUUAAAAUGUUCCAAAGAUUAAAGAAGAGGAAAACAAAUAAUGAAAAUAUUCAUGUAUGUCUGUUACUCUUCCUUUCGGUGAAGAUGACUGGAAGACUAAACAAAGACCUUGGCACAGAGUGGUAGUUGUAGUCUGUUAUUAGCUUUCGUUAUGAACAAAUGUAGUUUAGUAUCUCGCUUUCCAGUUCAGCUUGUGGCAGUGUGUUUUCUGGUCGCGUCUACAACAAGGCUGGGCGUCUAUAGCAAUGCAGCCAUAGUGACUAGCGUGAAUUAUGCAUUCGAGACAUUUAGUCCAUAUGCUCUCAUUCGAUUCUUUGAGUUCAGUGACAAGGAGUGGAAUGUAACACAGACUUGUUUCAGGGACAUGUACGUCUAUGUCCAGGGACUGCGUAAUGGUGAAUACUGGGCCGUGAAAUUGUAUGAUGCCACCAGUUAUUAUGCGGGUGCCGCUUUUUCGGGUACUUCGGCCCGCAUGCACAAUCCAAAUUUAUGCCGCUACCUUUCGCAACAGUAUAACGAUCUUCAGUUACGUACCUCUAAUCCAAAUUAUAAACUCUUCGUUUUGCCAUUCGAUGUUCAAUUGAUAUCCGGUCACUUUUUGAUGGAAAUUGGAUAUGAUAAUUAUUUUCGGGUAAGUAUUAAAUAAUUAACCUUAACUUUGUUACCCAUUUCGUCGAAAGUUUGCAUUUAUUU